UGGGAGGGGCACUUACACACACACACACACAUGCAUGCACACACACUUGGUAGUGAGGCUUGUCAGCGUUGGAUGCUGCCGUUGCUUCAGCAGCUGGAUGUACGGGGCUGGAAGUGUGUCAGCUCGGAGAAUAAGACUGAUUUGAGUGUUUGCAUGCUGGAUCUGUUUGUGUGUGUGAUUUGUUUUAUAGGAAUGGUGUCUUUAGUACGCAUUCACUAUACCGCGGUGUGUGUGUCAGCAGGACUGAAUCAGCAGGAAUUAUUUGACCAGAGGGAUUCAGGAGCGCGGUAUUGACUUUGACUUUGGGGUGUGUUUUCAUGCUGGAGAGCGAGAGGGGCUGUGGGGUCUCAAGCGAAGGAAUACAGAUGUAGUGUUACAGGACGACGAGAUGAUAGACCCCCUUUAGGGGCUUCAGGACUGCCCCAAAAUGGGGAACAGCGUCCAGAAGAAAAAGAAGGUUCAGACAACAGAGAAAAACUUCUCUGCACCCCCGUCACCAAACCCCAACAAGGAAAAACCUAAAGGCUCCUGGCUGUUUGGACAUAGAGACAAACUGAAAACAGCUGGCCCGAAAGGAAAUGAAGACCAGAAGAGGUUGACCGUCCACUACAGGACCUCCCAGCACUACCAGGAGAAUGUUUUCAUUGAGGGCAGCCGGCCUCAGUACCUGGAGGACCUGCACACUGAGGCCCAGGAGGGGCUCAAGAUACUACAGCAGGAAGAAUACACGAAUGGAGUGAACGUACCUGAUGAUGAGAGCGUUGCUUCCACAGAUACUCUGCGUCCGGAGCAGGAUAUCAGCUCCAAGGAUGGAGGUGGCUCUCCGGAGUCCAGAUCCACUGCCGGAAGUACUGAUACCACAGUAACCUCUGCUGUGUCGACCAGGCCCGUGCUCACCCGCCAAGGUUCUACAUUCAAGCCUCUGAAUCCAGUGAAAAGAUUCGAGAAGAACAGGAAGAGGAGCAGGAGGACCACCAUCAUGGGUAUUCCCAACCAGGUCCAGAAGGAGCUUGCAUUACACAGAAGCUCAACCUUCCAGCAGCUCGUUUCUACGCCUAAUCACGACGGAGAGCUCAGUAACAGCCAAUCAGGUGUUGUUAUCAUCCCUACGGUUGAUGGAGGGACUCCAGUAGCGAAUAAGGAGGGAGCGAGGGUGCACCUUUCAGAGCUGGAGGCUUCCAAAGAUGAACAGUUGCUGAGGAAGCACCUCCAGGUCAUGUACCAAGACCAGCAGUCGUUCAACCACCAGGGCUCCUAUCUCUGCCCCAGCUCAACCAUAAGACCCAAGUCCCUUGCAGUACCUGGCAUGACCACUUCCUCCUCCUUCUGUCCUUCAACGAUGUUUAGCUUCCUCCAGGAACCCCAGGGCCCUGUGAUGUCCAUGUCUCCUCAGGCCACCUACAUGUCUACAAUCAUCCCUAAUGCGGUCUUACCAGCCUCGAUUGACGUCAUAGAGAUCGACCGCAGCAGCAGCCGGAUGCGUGCCGGCAGUGUAAACCACGGCGGUCAUGUCCGCACUGUGAGCAAAAGCAGCCUCGCAUCCGGGGACUUAUCAGUCAGCCCUAUGUUGUCCAGAAGAUCAGAUGGCGACGGUUCCCAGACUGACAAUUCCCACGACGACUCCACACUGAUGCCCACAUCGGCUUCGGGGUCGAACUGGGGCGAGUCUUCAAAGACCGUUAUUUCAAACUCCUCACCGGGGUCCUCUAAGGGUAGCUCGCGUAGUGGUAACUCAAAGAGAGCGGGUCGGAAUGGGCGGGAAAGCUGCCAGACAGAGCAGUCUAGCAUGGACCCAGACCUCGUCAGUCUCCGUAGCUCAGUUAGCAUGAUUAGCACCUCCAGCAGUAAAAGGGAAAAUGUUGUUACAGGUCAAGGAUCUGAGUCUGACGUCUCAGGUUCAGCGGCGGCUGGGGACGAUGCGAAGACCAGACGGAAUUUCGCUCGUCUGUCGGUUAUGAAGACCAAACAACCCCCGGCGCCUCCACGGAGAACGAACUCUCUGCAUAAUAACAAGAUCAUUAGCGACUCCAGGGUUCUGGUGGAUAUCAUUGACUCUGUGUCGGGAGAAAAUAUUGCAGCAAAGGAUGAGAUAAAGUCAGUUAUUGCAGAUACCAGUAAGACCCCCAGCCUUGUAUCAAACUCCACUGGGUCCACCUGUCAAGACGCUUCCUCCAGUCCUUUGAGCCCCACACAGGCCUCUUCCACCGACGCAGGAGGAGCAACAGAAUCCAACAGUCCCUCCCCGCAGAAAACUCCCUCGGAAGGGGGGAAAUUUGAACGGACCAUGUCUCCUUCCAGUGGCUACUCCAGUCAGAGCGGCACUCCAACGCUCUCCCCAAAAGGGAUUUCCCCGACCUCGCCUGACAAACAGAAGAAGAAGCCUGUCAAACCAGAGAGAUCCGUGUCUCGGGCCUCAUCCUCAGCGGCUUCUCCUUCCUCCUCUCUUACCUCCCUAUCGUCUGCCACAUCCGAGCCUGUCAAUCCAGAUGUUUCCACAUGUGGCCCCAGUCUGCCUUCACGGGGAUCUCCACCCACCGUUGCUGCACAAGAACCGAAUAACAAUUCUUCUCCUUUGAGUGUUGAAGUCAGAGAGCUGUUGAACAUCCCGCCACCUCCCAAAGUCAAAGCGCCGUGUCCUCCUCCUCCGGAGACUUGGGUGCACAAUAGACGCACCUUUCAGCUCCUGUGUGGGUCUUACCCUAAUGUCAGCAAAGCAACCCAGAAACCGUACAGCACAGUUAAACAAGCAGGAACCCAGACUGAAGACGUGAAGGAGACGCGAGUUUUAGUUGAAAAACAAUCAACUAUAGACACAUCUGUCUUAGAGUUAUCAGAAAGCAAAGAAACACCGGAGAGUUUGUCAGAAUCAGGUCCUGAAGGUGUUCACAACGAGAUGGAGAAUGGGGAAAGUACCGAACAAGAGAGGAUGGAAGCAAGUGCAGACGUUCAGAAACAAGAGCAGAGUAGUAGCCCUGUAGUGAAGGACCCAGAGAGUCCAAAGAAAGAUCCUCCUCCUGUCAUGAAGAAACCAGUGACGUUCAGAGAGGAUUUGGUGUCAUCAGAACACUCAGUAGACAGACAGCAAAAUAAAACGAGUAGCAGUGCCGAGACAGAUGUUCAUUUACCUGUUGAGAACCAUGCAACCUCCUCACAGCACGGGGUUGUAAUUUUAGUCGAUGAGAGUGAGAAUGAGACGGACAAAAGUGAGGUCACAUCCACGCAGACGCUUUCUGUAGGGGCCCCCAAAAUUAGUAAGGCCUCGCCACCACCUACCCCUCCCCCGGCGUACCACCCUACACCUCCUCCGUCAAGAAAGACACCUCCUUCGUCUGUGUCCGCGCCACCGGAUGACUUACAGAGGGUGCAGGAGGAGAUCCAGGUUGUAGAGUCUUGCUGGCCACCUCCUCCGCCUCCUAUGGAAGGGGACUCUGUCUUCGACGGAGGAGACGAGGUUGACUUUCCCCCACCUCCUCCUCCGCCCUUUGUGGCAGACAGCGUGCCAAAUGUGGUGGACAGUUGUAUCACAGAGGUGAAUGUCUCAAAAGGACCCGCAGAGGAAGCUGGAGAGACGAUUGAGGAUUCGAGUGAAGCGUCUGUACAUGGACAAAUUCCAGAUGUGUCCCCACAAACAGACACCAAACCAGAGGUUGUCGCGCAAGUUUCAAAAGCUGACACCGCUGAUGAGAUUUCUUGCAGACCAGUGCAGAAUUUAUCUGUUUCAGAAAGUGUCCCACCUCCGCCAGUGGAGGCACCUCCAUUGCCACCCAUCACAAGAGCAGAGAACCCAGUAUCAGCCUCCACUUUAGUUCCUCCCAGCAGCUUCCUGAAGCGAGACGCUCCCUCCGAGCCUCCCGUCAGCACCCAACCUCCCAUCACUGUCCCAGUAGCACCACCCCUUUUACCAGCAGAGACUUUAACACAUGGGGUUAAUUUCAGAAGGCAGCCCAGUGUACCAAACAGAGACGCCAGGAGCAAGGAGCUCCUUUCCCGCCACAAAAGCGCACCCAUUCCCAAAGAGGAUGCCAACAUACCUCUAGUCACCCCCUCCUUGCUUCAGAUGGUUCGCCUCAGAUCAGUCAACAUGACUGAAGAUCAGGUGAAAGCUCCAUCGGAGGACAAGUCAACAAACCAGGGAGCUUCAGUUGAGGAGAAUUGCCCGGGACCUCAAACCACCCCACAGAAGCCCAUCCGCAAGUCUCUGUCACUAAAGUCUCCCCCUCAGACAGUAAAGACGUCCUCUGUGAUGCUGAACACGCCUUCCAUGCGCUUACAGGAAGCCAUACGUAUGAAAACCGCAGCCAUGUCUUCAAGAGACGGUCUUCCAUCCCGACUGGGUGUGAGAUCUUCCGCUUACAGCUCUGUUGCUGAACAAGCGUCCCUGAAAGCACCCGAGGGAUGCGACAUGCACAGGUCGCCGGCCUCUACCGCCAGCUUUAUCUUCUCUAGGAGCACAAAAAAGGUUGUCGUAGAGACCGCAGCUGCCUCCUCCCCUGAAGCUCAGGCAAGUCUGAAGCAAAGCUUGGCGGCCGAGCUCAUGCAGGUGUCCGACCAAUCAAAGGCUUUCUCAAAUGGCGGGGUGAAGUCGGACAAAGUUCCUCCACCGGUGGCAAAGAAACCAGCACACGGGAGCGCCAGCCCUUCACAGAAUCGUUCUGCUCCUUCAGCAAAGAUGGACUUGAGUGUCGAAGGAAACGGAGCGAUCGGAGGAGUGCAACACAUGAGCGGGAUAACACCUCCUGAGACAACAACUACAAGAGUGACAGCGGACACAAUAGAAACACUGUUUUGAAAGAGCGUUGGUGGACGAGGAGCGAGCAAAGACUACAAGCAAGUGAAAAGGACAACUCACAGCUCGGACUGACAUUACUGAGAGACGUAUGACUCAACUAUCAGAGUGUUGUGUGUGUUAAGUCUUCUCCAAAAGCCUUAGCCUGUAAUGGCCUUCCUACAUAUUUAUGCAAAAAAAAAAAAAUAUGUCGCUCCCAAUUUCCUAUGAUAGCUUUAUUCUGGAGUAUUUUUCUAAGCUAUAGUUUAUCUCU